UAAGGCUGAGAAUGUGAUGCUCCAGUGGCCAUAUCUCGCCUUUCUCUCACUGUAAAGCCAGCAAAGCGACGCCGUCGUUUCAGUUGCGUUUAGUCGAAGCCAAACACGGAGACAGAGAAGGCACAAGAAUAUGAGUUCAGUCAAAGUAGUAAUCUUCGACGAAUCCGUGCUGCUACUCUCCGCUGCUCAAAAUGCAAACGACUCGGCGUUUCGGCUGCGAUCGGGAGCCUACUCUUUGCUUCGUAAGCUCCGUCAAUCGAAAAUCCGUACGGGAGUUUCGUAUGGUCUCGGCCUUUCGUCUGAUAAGGUGAUUGCAUUGAAGAGGAUUGCUACGGAAUACUUGUGUGAUUGCUUUCUUUUGGAUGCAUCUAUAGAUUGUGUUGUAAAUGAGAUAAAUGAAGCGUGGGGUGACAAUGGAGGAAGUAUUUUGUAUGUUGUUUCUGAAAAUAAGGAUGCUGUUCAUAAACUUAGUUCCCAUUGGCUGAUUAUUGUUUUGGGUGUCAAAAGUGAAAGUGUGUCUGAUAAUUUGAGCAUUCUUUAUAUUAACAAGCUAGAAGAGUUGCCUAUGACCAUUUGCAAGUUGAACAAAAAGGCAGCUGGCAAAAAUGCUGUGAUAGUUGGUUAUGUCAUGAAGCCUGCACGUGAAGAAGAUUUUGCCAAGAGGGGUGCAUUUCCUAUGAAUCCUACUCCAAAUGGCUUGAUAUUUGUGCCUCUGACAUUUGAUACUCCUCUAUCAUCUCAAUUACAAGUAGUUGAUGUGGUUCUCCAUAAAGCAACAGAUGAAAUCAUGUCCGUCGAAUUGGGAAGCAAUUCAGAAUCUUCCAACAGAGUCACAUACACCUCAGGCAUGCAGGAGCUGCAAAGGUUUUUGGAGCAUCACUCUAAUUUCUUUGCAAUUGACCCCCUUGAUAAUAUAUACCCAGUAUUGGAUCGGCUGAAAAUCCAGCUGGUUCUGCUUGGACUGCAAGAUAUCAAUGCAGAAGGCUGCCUUACAAUCAGGGGGGCCCAUUUUCUUAAGGUCAAUGAUUUUAAUGAAUCUGAUUUGGCACAAAGACUACCAGAAGCUAAAUUAUCUUUUCCAUGUAUAGUGAAACCUCAAGUUGCCUGUGGUGUGGCUGAUGCUCAUAGUAUGGCAAUUGUCUUUGAAAUAGAAGAUUUUAAGCAUUUGAGUGUUCCUCUUCCUGCUGUUGUUCAGGAAUAUAUAAACCACUCAUCCACCCUGUUCAAGUUUUAUGUCUUGGGUGAUACUGUUUUCCACGCAGUUAAGAAGUCAAUACCAAAUUCCAAUACUUUGAGGAAAUCAUAUGCAAGAAACGGCUCAAAACCUAUAUUGUUUGAUAGCUUAAAGUCUCUACCUACUGACACUGAAAGUCAGCAUCCAGGAGAUGCAGUUUCCUGUAAGGUCGAUCUCGAUCUCGAGCUUGUCAUAGAUGCUGCAAAAUGGCUUGCAAGAACACUUGAUCUUACAAUAUUUGGCUUUGAUGUUGUUGUUCAAGAAGGCACUCGUGACCACGUCAUCGUGGAUGUAAACUACCUCCCAUCAUUCAAAGAAGUACACAAUGAUAUCGCCAUACCGGCCUUCUGGGACGCCAUCAAAAUGAAGUAUGAAUCUAAGAAGAUGAAAGCAGCAACUCCAGCUUCCUCAUCUUGAGCCUUCUUGGCAAUACGAUGGUCAGUGUAGCUAAUGUAAAAUUUCUUGCAAAGUACCCCAAUGUGCCGUAAAAGCUCUGAAUCUUUUAGUUCUGAAUAAUAAUUUUUUUAUCAGCCGAGGGUA